GGAUGCGAUGAGUAUUGUGGAACGACACAUCCAUCACUCCUCGUGGCGUGAUGACAACAGUGAACGAACAAGAAGCCGCGGACCUUCCGCUGUAAAUAAAGCAGCACAAGCCGGACUUUCCUUCGAGUCGUUGAUUCUGGUUGUCAACCAAAAGUCUGCGGAAAACUAGACUAGCUUGUUCUUCACAUUCCGCUGGUAGCAUGCCACUCUUUCGUUCAUCGUCUCUUAUCAUGGCUGCCAUUCUGAGUAGUUGCUGUUGGAUGCGGUCCUGUCGUGCGUUUGUUGGUCCUGCUUCUAGCAUUAGUACCAGUGCGGCGAUCCAAAGACUGACUACGCCUUUGUCUCGUCACGGCCCGCUCUUUUCGACGGCGUCCAAGAAGGAGGCCGAGGCUCCCAGCGAUGUAGUCGUUGCCGAAGCCUUGACGUAUUCCAUGGAAGACGUCGUCGGCUUGUGCAAACGGCGGGGAAUCAUUUUCCCAUCGUCCGAAAUAUAUAACGGUUACGCCGGAUUCUAUGAUUACGGCCCGCUCGGCAGCGAACUCAAAAAGAACGUCAAGGAUGCCUGGUGGAAGAAUUUCGUCAUGAUGCGCGAGGACGUCGUUGGUGUCGACUCCUCCAUUAUUCACAAUCCGGAGACCUGGAAAUCGAGUGGCCACGUCGACGGCUUUUCCGACCCCAUGGUGGAUUGUAAGGAAACCAAACUCCGGUACCGGGCCGACCAGCUAUUCUACGCCCCCGUCAUGGUGAGUGGCGAAGCAGAAGUUCUCGGAUACUUGUGUGUCCAGGAAGCUAAUGAAGCGGACAUGGCCAAGGAGGCGAAAAAACAAGCCAAGGCGCUGCUCAAAUCGUUGGACCGCAAAGGCGAAACCGUCCAAGAGCCGUUCGACUUUCGUGAAGUAGUGGAAGCGACCGAAGCCGAAAUGGCCCAAAUACCGUCUCCUGGCUCCGGUAAACCAACACUCACCAUGCCACGAGCCUUCAACCUCAUGUUCCAAACGCAAGUGGGGGCCUUGUCCGACGCGGCAUCCGUGGCUUACUUGCGACCGGAAACGGCUCAAGGCAUCUUUCUGAAUUUCAAAAACGUACUGACCACCUCGCGACAGAAAAUACCUUUUGGAAUUGCCCAGAUUGGUAAGGCCUUUCGCAACGAAAUCACCCCCCGAAAUUUCAUUUUUCGGUCACGCGAAUUUGAACAAAUGGAAGUCGAAUACUUUAUCCCACCCGGCGAUGAAGUUUGGCCGGCGUUUCAUCAGCAAUGGAUAGAUGAUUCAAGGGCGUUCCUGCUUUCCAUUGGAUUGCAGGAAGAAUUGCUCGGAUGGGAUGUGCACGAGGGGGACAAGUUAGCGCAUUAUGCACAAGCCUGUACCGAUAUCACUUUUAGAUUUCCGUUCGGUGAACAAGAACUUAUGGGAAUUGCCGCGCGUGGCAAUUACGAUUUAUCGCAACACUCGGAGGGAUCCGGCAAGACCUGCUCCGGCGUAGGAACGCUCGAGGCGUUUCGGGCUUUCUUAAACUCAUAUGCCAUUUGCUUCAAUUCUGUAGGUCUGGAAUACUACGACGAACAGACCAAAGAAAAAUAUAUUCCGCAUUGCAUUGAACCGUCGCUCGGUGUCGAUCGUCUAAUGCUGGCCUUGAUUUGCUCGGCGUACGCAGAAGACGAAGUAGGCGGAGAGAAACGUAGUUUGCUCAAGUUUGACCCAAAGAUUGCACCCAUCAAGGUUGCCGUCUUGCCUUUGUUGAAAAACAAGGAAGAGCUAGUGUCGGUUGCCCGGGACUUAUUCGAUAAACUUCGUCGUAGGUGGAACUGUCAAUAUGAUGCUGCGGGUGCUAUUGGACGGCGGUACCGGCGAGCGGAUGAAGUCGGUACACCUUACUGCGUUACGAUUGACUUUGAUACAAUUGAAACGGAUAACGCCGUCACAAUUCGCGAUAGGGAUACGACGGAUCAAGUCCGAAUUCCGCUUAAAGAUGUGAUUUCGUACUUGAGCGAACGUAUCGACGGAUACUAAAGAUAAAAAACGCUUGUCUUAUUGCUUC